AUGGGAAAUUGUUUAUUUUCACUCUUUUUGUCAACAAAUGCCAAAUUCAUGUCAGUUAUGCGUUUAUGCAGAUGUCAGUAUCUAUCUAUCUAUCUAUCUAUCUAUCUAUCUAUCUAUCUAUCUAUCUAUUUAAUCUCUGUCAGUAAUACCAACACCACCACCACCACCAUCUUUCUUUCGUUUCUUCUUCUUACCUCCCUUCCUUUCUAUCCCCGCUUUUCUUUCUUAUCUUUAUCUGGUUUUCGUUUCUUUCUCAGCAUUUCUUAUUUUGCUGCUUUUUUCCUUUCACCCUUUUUUUCUUUUCUCUUCUUCUCUCUCUGCAUUAUUUUCCUUUUCUCCUCUUGUUUUUCCACGUUUCUUCUCUUCUGUCUCUGCGUUUCUUUUCCUUUCUCCUCUUCUUUUUUUUCGCUUUUCUUCUUUCUCCUCUUUUCUCUCUGCCUUUCUUUUUCUUUCUCCUCUUUUUUUCUGCUUUUCUUCCGCAUUCUACUCGUCUCACUGCCUUUCUUUUCUUUUCUCGUCUUCUUUUUCUGCUUUUCAUUUACCUUUUGUCAUCUUCUCUCCUUGCCUUUCUUUUCUUUUCGCCUCAUCUUUUUCCGCGUUCCUUCUCCUUUUUCCUCUUCUCUCUCUGUCUGUCUUUUCCUUUCUCCUCUUCUUUUACCGCUUUUCUUUCCUUUCUCCUCCUCUCUCCCUGCCUUUCUUUCUCUAUACCUUCUUCUUUUUUCGUUUUUCUUCUUCUUUCUCCUCUCCUCUCUCUGCCUUUCUUUUCCUUCCUUCUCUUCUUUUUUCGCUUUUCUUUUCCUUUCUCCUCUUCUUUCCCUGCCUUUCUUCCCCUCUCUGCUCUUCUCUCUCUACCUUUCUUUUCCUUUCAUCUAUUCUUUUUCCUUUUUUCUUCUUCUUUUUCCUCUUCUUUUUCCGCUUUUCUUCUCCUUACUCCUUUUCUCUUCCUGUCUUUCUUUUCCUUUCUCCUCUUCUCUUCUCGCUUUAAUUUUCUUUUCUAUUUUACUCUUUCUCUUUUCCAGUUUUUAUUUUCUUCCUCGGUAUUAUGUUACCUUCUUUGUUGUCAGUAGAAUGCCAAAGAACAGGCCACUUACUGGCAUCAACCCAAUUCUUUUCCAAAAUACUCUUCUUUUCUUUAACCCUUUUCACCUUUAA